UGUCCAUGUACAGUACAAACGAAAUGAAAAUCAAUAAUCCGCUGUAUUGCCAUUAUUAUUAAAUCACGUUGCAGGUUUUCAAAGAACUAAGACGGGCGCCAGAACAGUUCAUGCAACUGCCUAGAAUUGUGCAGGGGCAAUUCACGUAAAGUACAUUUGCCCUCCUUCAAGUUCAGUUGAGCUGCGUCUUGAAAAGGGGCGAGGGAGCGGUUGAAUAGUAAGGACAUUCAUGUUGACUCUUGAGCAGUUGUAACAUAGCAUUGAAGAAACAAGAGUUAUGUGGCUGCGGGAUUGCAGCCGCCCCCUGAGAGGCUAGCAGAACAACCACUAUGUUUCAGAGCAGCCCAGGGUCCCAUCAGGCCAACCAGCGACGCUCCCUUCUGCAGCAGCACCUAGCAGAGUGGACACAAACUCCGGAGUAUUUCUUCAAAAAUUGCGCUAUCUGGCUAGUUGGACUACUAAUUUUCUGCUGGCCAACCACAGCCUCGUAUGCUCUGGCUGACGUAACAAUUCAGUCAGUCGGGCUCGGAUCAACUUCCACUCCGAGACCCCUGCCGUGAUUUCAUCUUGAAAUCUGCCCAGGUGCCGAAACCAAAAGAAAUGACACCGUUGCUGCUCGCACACACUGUUGCUUGCAGAGGAUCCGGGUUGUUUUUCUCGAUCUUUUGUCGCCUAUAUGCUUUCUGUUUCCGUGUGACUAGACAUACCCUGGGUAUCUGAAAGCUGUUACCCGACGCUAUACACCUGAUCUUUCUACCACCCUCCAAUUACCCCAGAUAACUAUCUCUUAAAAGCCGCAGCGCUCUUGACCUUCGCUGCAGCCAAUACGACAGACACAUUUACCCCCUAUGGGAAGCGGUUUUGAGUAAUCCAAUUUUUUCUUAAUUUUUUGAAUUUGGUUCUCUCUGGGCCGUGGGCGCAACUCCGCAAUAGAGAACCCACGCAGAUCCGGUAGUGGAACAAUUUUCUCAGACCCAAGGGUGUGUGUGGCCUCUGAUAUAAUAUAUACACAUAUAUAUAUACAACCGGCCGUUCCUAGACUUCCAGCUCCUGCCCGUUCAACCCGCGAGGCUGGGGCAGCUGCUAUCUGUGGGAAUUACUUUUUCAUACAUGCUGUUCGUUUGGGAGGGAUGAAGGGGCAUUCUCCCUACUCGAAUGGUUACACCGCCUACCCGCGCGGGGAGGGCGGGACUUUCUCGAUAUCACCUCAUAGAUUUCAACCACGCUCACAUUCUGCGUUGCGCCGAAGACAACAGCUCAUACAACGGCUAUGCGUCCUUGGCGGCUUUUCGUUCUUUAUUUUACUUUUAAUUUUCCCCUCCUGGCGAGCUGCGAUAUUAGGAACUAUAACGUUUGGUCUCUUCUCUUCCGUCGACGACUUUCAACCGGAGACCGUCAGAUACUAUGACCUCUCAGACUUUCAAGGAACUGCCCGGGGCUGGGAACGACAGGAGCGAGUCCUCCUCUGCACACCCCUUAGAGACGCGGAGCCACAUCUACCCGUGUUCUUUUCCCAUCUACGAAAUUUUACCUAUCCACAUCACCUCAUAGAUCUCGCCUUUCUCGUUUCCGAUUCGAAAGACAACACGCUUGAGACCCUUACAAAAAUGCUUGAGGAAUUGCAGGAUGAUCCAGACCCUAAACAGCAUUACGGAGAGAUAUCCGUGAUUGAGAAGGAUUUUGGACAGAAGGUCAAACAAGACGUGGAAAGCAGGCAUGGCUUUGCUGCACAGGCGUCCCGAAGAAAACUUAUGGCCCAAGCGAGGAAUUGGCUGUUGAGUGCCACUCUGCGCCCAACACACAGUUGGGUAUAUUGGAGAGAUGCUGAUGUGGAAACUGCGCCUUUCACUAUUUUGGAGGAUUUAAUGAGGCAUAACAAGGAUAUUAUUGUACCAAACGUUUGGCGGCCUCUUCCCGAUUGGCUUGGUGGAGAACAACCCUACGACUUGAACUCGUGGAAAGAAUCAGAGACCGCACUGGCCCUGGCGGAUUCUCUAGACGAGGAUGCUGUCAUUGUGGAAGGCUAUGCGGAGUAUGCUACUUGGCGCCCGCACUUGGCAUAUCUCAGAGACCCCUAUGGAGACCCCGAUAUGGAAAUGGACCUCGAUGGUGUGGGUGGCGUGAGCAUCCUAGCCAAGGCUAGGGUAUUCCGCUCCGGUGUCCAUUUCCCGGCAUUUAGCUUCGAGAAGCAUGCGGAGACCGAGGCGUUUGGAAAGAUGGCUAAGCGUAUGAAAUUCUCCGUCGUCGGCCUGCCCCACUACACCAUCUGGCAUCUCUACGAGCCGAGUCUGGACGACAUCAGGCACAUGGAGGAGAUGGAGCGAGAGCGCAAGGCGCGCGAAGCGGAGGAGAAGGAGAAAGCCGAGCGAGCAAAGUUUGUGCAGGAACAAUUUAAAGACACGAGGGACGAGUGGGCGAAGGAUGGUGAGGCUAUCAAAGAUAUUUUGAAGAAGGAUGAGCUGGCAAAGAAGGGGGAGAAAAAGGACGAGAAGAAGCAGAACGUCGGAAAGAGGAGUAAUUCUGGAGGCGAGGGUGUGGGUCAGCAACAGCAACAAUAGCAAAACCGGAAACGAGAACAACUACCACGAGCGGAGAAGGAAGAUAGCGCUGCGCCUGUGCGGGUGGGCCGGAGAUGAUAAUGAAGUCGGAAUGUGUGCGUGUUGCGUGUGUCUAGAUAAUCUAUAUACCUUCCUCAUGCUAGAGACCUGAGAGUUUCUAGCAUGCUGCUAUUUUAUUACUUGUCUUGCUCUCGAUCCUACGUCGAUUUUUUACCCCUUAUUGGUUUCAUUCUUGUGUUGCCCAAUCCGUGUUAUAAGUCUGAUAUACAAUAAUACUUAUAAUCCAGUAGCCCCCUUUUGGUUGUUCUCUACUUCUGAUAUCAUUUGAAUUCUUCCGCUCUUUUCCUUCCCUAGAGCGCAAGGCAAGGUACAAACUAAGCAAUGAAUCAAUCGAAAUCAAAGCCGUCAAGACAAACUCCCAUUUGUGACUCGCUCAUACGCACUCUUUCCAUCCCUGCGUGGCACGCCUACAGGAAAUAUCCAACAAGGAGGAGAUUAAAGAAGCAAAAUCACAGUAUAGUAUUGUUCAAAAAGUACCUAUUGAUGUAUUUUUAUAACAGCUUAUUAUUAUCAUUGUUUCUAUUUUUACUUCUCACUGUUAUUAAUGUCAUUUUUUUCCCUCCCUGUUACAUUUUAUUUCGCAAAUGUAUGUCUAUCACUUGUAGUCUUGUUCUCUCUCUCCUUUUUGUUAUAUACCUCUACUCCGUAUAGUCUGUAAGAUAGGAGUGCAGCCACUCAAGAGCAUCUCAUUUUCG